CUGGGGAGACAUCCAGCAUCUUAUUCAUCAGCAGCAGUUGAGCGGUGAAGAGGCUUUCACUGAGGUUGUCAGAUACACUUCGGGACGUGCAAGGGACUUCGUCCUCAACCUGAAGUUAGAUGGUCAAACAGACGGCAGGGCAGCCAUCGACGCUCUGCGAGAUGAAUUUUCAUGUGACAAAGUUACAAGGUCUCCAAUGGCCAACUUUCAUGCUAGGACACAACAACCAAAUGAAUCGCCAGGUGAUUUUGCAAUAUCCCUGCGAGCAUUACUGCGCAAGGCCGCAGAUAAAGACAAGUCUAUCUUGGCAUUGAAUAAAGACGACCUCCUGACAUCGCAGUUUAUGGCAGGUGUUAGAUUCAAUGUGGUGAGAAAUAGACUGGCACCUAUGAAACCAAGGGCAAUGUUAUUCAAAGAAUUGCGCAAGGAAUUGCAGAUCAUUGCCGAUGGAACAUUGGACAUGCGUCAGUCAACAUUGUACGAGAUCCAAACACCUGAUGGCAUCCAGGCCAUUCUUGAAAAACUAUCACCAAUGGAGACCAGGCUAAUCGACUUGGAGUCUAACCAACCAAUGCAAUCAAGUGGACAUCAGCACCAACAAGCACAGCACCAACCAACUGAUCACCAAGCUUGGCAUCAGCACCCGGCACACUACCAAUGCCAACAUCCAGGACAACAGACUAAACAACAGCACCAACGCCCGCAGCCUCAGCACCAACAACAAAGCGAUACCUUGCCCACAAGUUGGAAUUUAAAGUGCUGCAUUGGGCACUU